AUGCAGGACUACGACAGAAAGGUGAGCAGUGUGGGCUCGGAGAUAGGCGGCGACGCGGGCGGCUCCAAGCUGGACGCUGUCAGGGAGAAGAUGAAGCAAGACAUGGCCGACGAGGUGCGCGCAGAGCUUCAGCAGGAGCUGCGACCCUACGCCCGGGAAGAGCUCAAGGAGGAGAUGCUGGAAGAGGUGAUCGAAGAGUUGAGGGGCGACCUGAAGGAGACCGCGAUCAGAGAGCUGAGGGAGGAGCUCGAGGAGGAGGUGCGGAACGACAUGAAGUUCCCGGUGAGCACCUGGUCAGGCCCCUCGCAGCGCAAGUCCAGGGCCUCGCGGCCGCCCAGGCCGCCCAUCCCGGCCGACGCCAAGCCGGACCGGCAUUUCGAGCUCCUGGUCCCCUUCGAGCUGGGCAGCGCCGCGCUCGGGGCGGCCAGCGAGCCCGCGCUGCAGCUGGUGGCCGCUACGUGGCUCCUGCGGAGGCGCCUGCGGCUGAGGCUGGUCAGCACCCCGUUCGAGCUGGAGCACGACGCCCUCGGCGCGAAGCGCCUGCACGUCUCCCAGGAGAUGGCUCUAUGA